UGUGACAGCAGAGUUUUUUACUUUGGAGAUCCAUAGAAAGGAGAGGUGGAGCACCCUCCUCAGAUAGACUGGGUUAGGCCGGACUAAGCUGUGCACAGGGAUCAGGGGUCUGAGCCAGGCUGGACAAAGCAGCUCGUCGCCUCUCCUUGCCUCGCCUCGCCUGCAGCCCCUCUCCAUCUGGAGGGUGGCGGGAGCUGCUCAGAUCUCCCCAAACCAACGCGCAAUUCUCUGAAAGAAUCCCUUCCUUACCACCCAGGUUUGACCGGAGACCGAGGCUCGCCCUUUGCUAGCGGGGAGGGGGGAGGGCAGAAACUGAUUCAGCCCUGGUGACCCCAGCGGUGGCGGGGCCACUUGCCUCGUAAAAAACUCCUGGGGAGGACGGCGGGCUCCGCGCGCUCUGUCCGCCUCCCGGGAACGCUGAGGUCCGCAGCGCGCGCGCUCCAUUGCCUAGCUCUUUGUUCGGGGGGCUUGCGCUCAGAGUGGGGCUGUUUGUUUGAAACAAUUAGAGAACAAGAACUGGGGAGUACUUCGUGUGUUUGGGGCAAAGGGUGGGGUGAGGUGGGGGCCGUUAAGAAUUUCCAACUAGAAAACCCCCAACAUCACCCUCCCCACCCCCAAGAAAAGCAGCCCCAGAACUAGUGACCAAUCCUCCUCGGAUUACCAGCGAAAGGCUCCUCCCUUUCUCCCCUCCCCACCUCGAUUUGCAUAAAAAAGCCAGGAUAGCUUGUUUGGCCCCUAGCACCCGAUCCGGCGGCCGCCACCGGUUCCGAACCCCGAGUGGUUUCCCAAACUGAAUGAGGUCUAAGGAGGCCCCCAGAACGCCCCUCGCCGUCUCUUUCUCCGCGCCCCUUCCCACCCUCCUGCUCCUCCUCCCCCCUGCCACUGCUUAGUUCCUUGAAUCUGACCAGCGGCGCGGAGAGCUCGGGUCGAGGGGGCGGGGGGAGAGUGGGGUUGCUUAGGAGGUCGCAGUUGCUUUUUCCCCUUUGCUAGAACCCUUUCCGAGGUCGAGUAGCCCAAGAUGCCUCAGGGGCCCGGCUCUCUGCUUCUGCUCUUCCUCGCCUCCCACUGCUGCCUGGACUCCGCUCGUGGACUCUUCCUCUUCGGGCAACCCGACUUUUCCUACAAGAGAAGCAAUUGCAAGCCCAUCCCCGCCAACCUGCAGCUGUGCCACGGCAUCGAGUACCAGAACAUGCGGCUGCCCAACCUCCUGGGCCACGAGACCAUGAAGGAGGUGCUGGAACAGGCGGGCGCCUGGAUCCCGCUCGUCAUGAAGCAGUGCCACCCGGACACCAAGAAGUUCCUUUGCUCGCUCUUCGCCCCAGUCUGCCUCGAUGACCUAGACGAGACCAUUCAACCCUGCCAUUCGCUGUGCGUGCAGGUGAAAGACCGCUGCGCCCCGGUCAUGUCCGCCUUCGGCUUCCCCUGGCCAGAUAUGCUGGAGUGUGACCGCUUUCCUCUGGACAACGACCUGUGCAUCCCUCUGGCCAGCAGCGACCACCUCUUGCCGGCCACUGAGGAAGCUCCAAAGGUGUGUGAAGCCUGCAAAAACAGAAAUGAUGAUGACAACGACAUCAUGGAAACCCUUUGCAAAAAUGACUUUGCCCUGAAGAUAAAAGUAAAGGAGAUAACUUACAUCAAUCGAGACACCAAGAUCAUCCUAGAAACGAAAAGCAAGACAAUAUACAAGCUGAAUGGAGUGUCAGAGCGAGAUCUGAAGAAAUCCGUGUUGUGGCUCAAAGACAGCCUACAGUGUACCUGCGAGGAGAUGAAUGACAUCAAUGCCCCGUACCUGGUCAUGGGACAGAAGCAGGGUGGAGAGCUGGUGAUUACCUCCGUGAAACGGUGGCAGAAAGGGCAGCGAGAGUUUAAGCGAAUCUCCCGCAGCAUCCGCAAGCUCCAGUGCUAAUAAUCCCUUCUGUCUGCCUGGGUUCCUUGCGUGGCGCAUACUGGUGGUUCUGCUCCCCGCCAGGCUGAGCGUGUCCACCAGGGACAACUUCCUCUCACUUAACUAGCCUCCACACCCAGCCCUAUACUUAUCACUGCCUUUUGCACCUUCUCACUCCAGAAUUUCCUGAGUUUUGAAAUUCCCAGGAAGCCAAGAGAAUAGAGAGCUAUUUUUCACUUAAAAGAAAAAGAAAAAUAGGGAAAAAACCCACCAAAUCUUAUUUGUAUAUGUAUAUAUUAAAAAUUGUAAUAAAAAUCAUGAAUAUUUUAUGAAAUGUUAAAAUAGCUUGCUUUAGGCUAGUUUGGGAUAAGGGAAAAUGUGGACCAGGCAUGAUGGUGCACACCUUGUAAACUCUGCUUACCAGGGAGACUGAGGCCAGUGCAUCAGUUGGCUUGAAGAGUUCUGAGAUGCAGUAGGAACAAAGCCUUGUCCAGUGCCCCAAACUAGGUCAAGCAGGGAGCCACCAAGCUGCCUGAGAAGAGGGUGAACCAACCCUCUUCUGUAGCAGGUCAGAGCUUUUAUGUCGAUCAGUAAUGGAAUCAGGCCGGUGAGUGUACGCUGCAACCUGGGCGAGAUAGGGAAACCCAGUAUCCGUUCAAAAAUCACAUGACUCGGGCUUCAAUUUUUUUUUCUUUCUUAUUUGGAACAUCUAUUUUUUAUGUCACUUACGAUGCAGUAACAUGCCUAAUGCUUCACAGUUCUAUAUAACCAGUCUCUAUUGUGCAUAACAAAAUAGGUUGAGAUAGAGCUGGCUGUUAUCUCGACCCCUUAAUCUUCCUACGCUCCGACCUGGCACUUGAGGGUCUGAGCCUUUCAACAUUCAUCUGUUAUUAUUUCAUCAUGGUUGGGAAAUUAUGGUUCUUGUAUGUGGCAUCAUUCCAUUUCCAGGUACAGGACUUGGAUUGAUGUCUUUAGCGUGUUUCCUUCCAAUAAAAGGCAAAACAGACUAACAGUAUUAUAACUGAUCUGAAUACAACGUUAAACUUUUUUUAAAAUAAUUUUACUUAAUUUUACAAUUAAACCAUUUGUAGCCUGCCUGUAAUAUACGUAGUGAUUUACCUAAGAGAGUUGUAAAAUAUUGCUUUAAUCAACACUGUAAAUAUUUCAG